AUAAGUGUCAGUCUUGUUGACAUCUCUGAAAUUGUGUGUAGUCUGCGCGAUCGAUCGAUAAUACAAAUUGGAAAUCGGGAUUCGAGGUCGUUUUGCUUUCGAACCAUUGAUGGGCAGUUUGGCUCGGUCCUGUGGUUUGCUAUAAAGUAAAAAAAGUGUAAAAGAUGGAGACGACAGGAGCGUACGGCGGAGGCAAGGCUGGUGGAGCGUUCGACCCUCAGGCUUUUAUACAGAGGCCUCCCGUCAUAGUAAGGGCGGUCUGUUGGCUGUUCAGCGUGAUCGUCAUGGGCUGCAUAUCGGCGAAAGGCUGGUACAUCAGCAAGGAGGACAAGAAGGAGUACUGCGUCUACAAUAAUGACACCAACGCCUGCAACUACGGCGUGGGCAUAUCGGUGAUCGCCUUCAUCGCUUCCAUAGCAUUCAUCGCUGGGGAAUAUCUCUUCGAGCAGAUGUCUUCCGUGAAGACGAGGAAACACUAUGUAUUGGCUGAUAUGGGCUUCUCUGCUUUCUGGGCGUUCCUGUACUUCGUUGGCUUCUGCUACCUAUCAAACGCGUGGGGCAAGACAGAGAACCCGCCAUACGGGACCGCCAACAACAUGCAGGGCGCCAUAGCCUUCUGUUUCUUCUCCAUCUUUGCUUGGGUGGGUUGCGCAUUCUUCGCUCUGCAGCGUUUCCGCAUGGGCGCGGACGCGGCGUUCGCGCCCGCGUACGAAGUGGAAGGCGCCGUGGGGAGCCCUGGGGCUUUCCCCGCGUACCCGGGAGCACCCGACCCGCAGCCCGCCUACAGCGACCCGCCCUUCUCGCAGACCCACACCACCGGAAACAUCGACUACACAGCUCCAACUUACUAAGCUGUUUUACCACAUCAAGUUGGUUUCAACAUUUUGUGUUAAAUGGUAACGCCUUUCGUUGCACCGAGUAAGUAAUAAUUAAUGCAUCAUACAAUAUAUUAUGUUCAAUUUAAUCGAUUUUACGGUAUCUUUCAAACACCAUAUAAUUACAUUUAAAUAAAUACAUGUACGAUAGGUAUAAUCUG